AUGCUCCCUAGAGCAGCUUUUGUGGCUCUUUUCUGGGCUAGUGUCCAGGUCGCUGGACACGGCGGCUCCAGCACGAGUUCGAGUCGUAACGUCGCCUCCAACUUGGAGGAGUACUGCUUUUACUCAAUUUAUACCAGCUUAUCUGCAUACACCUUUGAAGGCAGUAUAACAGUCCAGUCUGCUACAAGUAGCUCCCAAUCCCACGGAAAUUCCUCAUCGAUCUCGCACGCCUCGUCGGAUUCUUCCUCUUCUGAAACAUCAGAGACCCAUUCCCACGGGUUGUCUGCAUCUUCCUCCACCGAAACACCCGAGCCUUCCUCCGAGACACACACACAUGGGUCAUUUGAUUAUUCCUCUACUCAAUCGUCUAAUUCUAUCUCUGGGACACACGCCCACGGAUCAUCUCGCCGAAGUGCGAGUCUCGCAAAGCGCCGCCAUGGUGGUGGUUCGUAUGGCUCAUACUCCACUGGGCCAUGUAACAGCACCGUGGAAGUAACUUCCAUGUAUGCUAGUGCUAAGGCCUGGUGUUCCGAGAAAGAGUUUGAAGCGGUGAUUCCAUACUGGGAAAGCCUUUGCGCAAAGAACAGCAUGGAACUCAUGAGCAUGGCUUCAAUUGAACAUUUGCUGACGGAUGAGUACAUCAACUCGCUUCCUCAGAUAGAUCCAGAGCAGAAUAAUGUAACCACCACUGGGACCAUUGACUCGCCUGUGCUACUGAGCAAAAGAUACUAUACCAGGGCCUAUAAAUCUUACGUGAGCCAUGACUAUGCUAUGCCAAAACACAAGCGAUAUGGAUGGGGAAUCAUUGGCUACUGGGGAGCUGUACUGGUCCUGGGCAUGAUGUCCAAGGCAUGGACAGUCUUCUUCAGCAGGUGGAGUGUGUGUGGUCUUUGCGAUCCUGAGACUCGUUCCAGUCUGCAGAGUAAGAAGGGCCCUCUUGCUUCUCUGUUCCAUUUCUUGCGCACACACAUCAUUAUGCCAGCCUCCCUUGCCCCAGCCAUCCCAAAUCACCAGCAACUCUGGUUGUCGCAUGCUCUUCCCAAGAGAGUCGAUACUCUGAUUGUGCUUGGCUUCUGGAUCGUCAGUAUCCUUUUGAGUUGCGUGGGUUACGAUAGUUUUGCGGGUAGUCUUUCAGUACCAAGCCUUUACCAACAAAACUGGCAAUAUACCUCUGACCGUACUGGUGUUCUUGCAUAUGCCUGUUUGCCAGCUCUGUGGCUUUUCAGCGGCAGAAACAAUGUGUUUGUCCAGUUGACACACUUUAGCGUUCAGUCAUUUACUAUGUUCCACCGUCAUAUCGCAUGGGUUUGCACUAUCUUGGCCGUGGUGCAUUCCAUCAACUACAGCGUGCUCUUUGCAAAAUAUGUUGGUCGCUAUUGGAUUGCCUGGAAGGAAGAGUACUGGUAUAUGGGUGUGGUGGCCACGAUCCUUCUGUGUUUUAUGCUUGUGCAGUCUAUGACAUUCUUCCAACGCCGUUGGUAUGAGACUUUCCUCCUACUUCACAUUGUUUUCGCUAUUGUGGUUGUCGUUGCCCUCUUUCAACACACUAGCUUCAAUGGUCGCGAAUGGGUCGGAUACCUCUGGACACCGGUUGGACUUUGGGUCUUCGAGCGACUUGCCCGCGUCGGUCGUGUUGUAUACUGUAAUCUGAAUGCCAAAUUCGGAAACCAAUUCUUGGGAACAGCUACGACUGUCACAUACAGCGAGGCAAGCGAUUUGGUCAGGAUUGAAAUGGUUCCUGGAGCCGCAAGUUUGAGACCCAGACCAGGUCAGCUUUACUAUAUCUACCAAGCAACCUUGCUGAAGGGAUGGGAGAACCACCCUUUUUCCUUGGGAGCAUGGGCUCCUUCCUCCGGGGCCAACAAUGAAAAAUCAGCCCCAGCCUUUCGAAAUGCUCACAAGCUGAUUUUUUACGUCCGGCCUUACGAUGGAUGGACACGUCGCCUUCGUGAUCAAUGCCGCAAGGCGGGCGGAAUCAUUAACCCGAAGCUCCUUCUCGAGGGAGCUUAUGGUCACUCCGAGCCAGUAUAUGCCUAUAACACGCUUUUGAUAAUUGUCGGUGGAACAGGUAUUGCAGUAGCGGUGCCUUACCUUCUGGAUCACAUUGCGCGCUUGAAGGAAGGCAAGACAAAGACCACCAAAAUCCAGCUUGUGUGGUCCGUCCGACAAAAAGAUAUGUUCAACGAGGUCUUUAAUGAGGAAUUGGCGGAGAUCAUGCAACAUAACGACAUUAAGAUCACGGUCUUCUGUACUCGUCUUUCUAAGAUCACGAGUGAUUCCGAGUCCGAUGAUGUCACUCUCUCUAAGGAGAUUUCCUCUGGUGUUGCACCGGUGAUCAAGGCAACGGGCGCGGAUUCUCCCACGAGCAAAAGUGGCGUCCGGUUCACGCCUGGUCGCCCCAACAUCCACGACGCGGUCAUGUCUGAGGUGCAGGAAGCCCAAACUAGCUCAGCUAACUUGGCUGUUUUGACUUGUGGUCCGGCCCAAAUGGCCGAUGAAUGCCGCGGAACCGUAUAUGAGGCGAUGAAGAAGGGUUUCCGAGAUAUUGAAUACUUUGAGGAGGCAUUCGGGUGGUAG